AUGAGACUCAACCUUGCCACUCCCUUCCUUUCUAGCGUUAUCGCUGCCCUGAAUUCACCGAAUGGCCUCGACCAACCGGGGGAAGGUCUGCUUCUGCAAGCCUCUGCAGAUGACGCCACCCUUGUCGCGAGCAGGCGAAGCGAACCCACAGCUUGCAUCAACCAAGCCGGCAAUGGUCUUCAUGUAGAGCCUGACACAGAUGCAAGCUUCCUUGCCUCUGCGACCUUCUCGCAGGUUGCAACAGCCGCCGGUACCAAACCACCUGAUCGGUACUCCGUUGUGCCUGGAUGGGUCGAUCUAAAGGCCUCCAAUGGCGACGGUACCGGGUAUCUCGGGUACAUACUGUCGGAACUCUCAGAUUACAACCCGGAUCAGUGCGCCGAUCUAUGCAGCAGCUGGUCAGGAUCGGCUUCGUGUGCAUCGUUUGUGAUCUUCUUUGAGCGUGCACCGGAGCUGGUCUGGCCAACCACCAAAGCGCCCUCCGCGGCCUGCCCUGCGUCUGCUGAUUCACCGUCGGUGACGCUGAUCAAGUGCGUCUUCUACUCUGUGCCACUUUACCCUGGCAAUGCCACCAAUGCCGGCCAGUACCAGGAUGAUUUUCAUGUAGUCAUCGCCGGGUCGACCGCCUUCAACCUGGAAGCACCAACUGUGAGCGGAUACACGGGCCCCGUCCCCCUCCAUAACGCGUCUCUGGACAUCCCUCCUCCGGUUGGCAAAAAUGGAUACAUCCGUGUCCAGACCUUUCCUGGCGCUGCAUAUAAUCCCGGCACUUGCGCUCGCAACUGUGCCGAUAUCUCGGCGUACAGCCUCGAGCAGGGAAGUUCUGAGGUGUGCAGCUCUUUCAACUCAUACAUCCUGUACGAGAACGAAGCGAACGGUCUCUUCACCUGCGCUUACUACAGCAUCAACUACGGGGCCUCCUACGCUACUAACACCGGUCAAUUUGAUAAAGCUGGCAACCACUACACUAUUGGAAGUAGCUACUCAUACUACCUUGUGGGCUCUUCCGCACCCCUGGAGAAGCGCGGGAUGGAGUUCAUUGCUUGA